AUGGCUGUAAAGGCCUUCAACAAGCAGUACUGUGGCACAACUCUAUCGAUAUCAGACGCUGACAAGUAUAACUGUGUUGUCCUACCAUCCGCUUCCUACGACAAGGCCGAGGAGCAUCUUAAGAAGGGCAAGGACGUCCUUCUGCUGGGAAGGCUCCCAGAGAGCACACUGCAGUUGGAGACUCUGGCCAGGUUCGCAGAAGAGUACCCUAAACCCAAACUGGUGGCCGCAUACCCCGAGGAUGCUAUCCACUCAUUGCAGCCUAUCACGAAUAUAAAGUCCCUCUUUAUAUCCUUCGGACCGACUGUGAGCAAACUGCAAAGCCUGAGGAUCAUCAAGAAGAUCACUGCCAAUGGUGCCGUGUCUCAAUCCUCUAUAGUGGGCUCGGAUGGAGCCAAGACAGUAGCAUGUACUCUGUCGAGCGGCGCAGCUGUCUGUGCACGAUGGACCCCCUCAAAUAAGGAUCUAUUCUGUAGUGGUGACGCUGUUACUGAUAACGCUGUGGUCCCGAUACGAUUGGUGAAGCAAGACCCU